AUGACCAUUUUCACAGAAAAUUUUUACUUGCAAGAAAAUGUGCUGUCCAUAACGGAGGCCCUUAUUGGGCAUAUCUUGUGGGUAUAUGAUAGAGGGAAAAAAAAAUUAUAUGGCUCUAGGAUAACCGAACUAGAAGCAUACAACGGAACUGAAGACAAAGCAUCUCAUGCAUAUAAUAAUAAAAAGACAAACAGGAAUGCAACUAUGUUUGGGAAAGGAGGAGUCAGUUACGUGUACCUCUGCUAUGGUAUACACAACUGCUUAAAUAUAGUUACAAAUGGGGAAAAUACGCCCGAUGCGAUUUUGGUCCGAUCGUUGGAGCCGUUUUAUGGUACCGACGGUGUCUUACUUAACAGGUAUGAAAUUCAUUCUGGGGGGUCCAUGUUGGGAAGGGACUCUCCGGGUCGUGCUGUAUGCGCGGUGAAAGGGGAAGGGGGGGGCAUACCCAUUGGCUGCUCAGAUGAACGUUCUCACCAAAAGAGCAACUACUGCAUGGAUAAAGAGAAGCUCCAAAGGAUUGACUCAGUAAAGUCCAUCUUGAAAUCGAUAAGUAUGAAAAAAUUGGUCAAGGUUAGCAGUGGCCCUGGGUGUGUAACCAAGUGCUUAGAUAUUACGCGGAAGGAUGAUAAGGCGAGUUUUUUUUCGGACCUUCCGCAAUAUUCAGGGGAGGGGAAGAAACUCACUUUGGAGGAAGGGGCCCACCCAACCAGCGGAGGUAAAAACAUAAGACCCGAUCACUGCUCCACAUGCAACAUAAGCGAUUUACAACAGAGUCGAUUCUUCAUUAGUAUCUGUCCCAAGACAAGCCAAAUUGUAAAUUUUUACGAAUCACUGGUUUCUCAAAAAGGGGGAAAUGAUAACUACAUACAGGACGUGUACAGUCAGUACAAGUCCCACCUGCUAGAUUAUUUCAACUGCAUGAAGUGGGACCAGGAGAAAAUGGUCGUGCAAAGGGACAAACGAGUAGGAGUGGCCUAUGCGGAGGAGGCUGCCCUGUAUGACUACCGUUUUUUGUUAAAGGGCCAUCCCUCCAUUUCGGUCCUACCCAAGUGA